AAGAGUAAUGCAGACGGCAGAGUUUCAUCGGGGCGGCUGAAUUACAGCGUGCAGUCGAGCCACAGGCAGGGAGGAAGCAUGAAGAAGAGUUUUAAAGUAUUAUCACUUUUUACCUUGAUAUGUUUAGGGUGCUACAUAGUGGUCUUGUACUUUAGCAAUGACAGCUCUUUAUCGAACAAACAUGUUGCAAGGGAAGGAUACGACAAGCUCUCUCAGAUCAUUGGUGAACGCCUGAAUCGGAUGUGGGCAAAAGAUAAAGAAGAGAAGGAGAAGGAGAAGGAGAAGGAGAAGCAACAGCACGAGGGGCAAGAGGAGGCGAAGCCACCACAGGAGCCAGAGCAGGAGGUGAAGCAAGAAAAAGAGAAACCAGAGGAGCAGAACAAUGAGCAAAAGGAACCGAAGGAGACAUUGACGGAACAGACUGAGAAGCAAGAGGAGCCAAAGGAGAAGGAACAGAAGACAAAGAAAACUGUCAACAAACCAACUCUACCACCUUGUCCCGACGUCCCGCCAAGUCUUGUGGGACCGAUCGCUGUGGACUUUUCUGUCCCAAGAGUAUUGGAAGAGAUGGGAAAGUAUGUCAGCGAUGCAGUGAAAGAAGGGGGACGUUACAAGCCAGAACACUGCUCCCCUAGGCAGAAGGUGGCAAUCGUCAUCCCGUUCCGUCAUCGGGAGCAGCACCUGGCUCACUGGCUCUACUACCUCCAUCCAAUCCUGAUGCGACAGCAGAUAGACUAUGGCGUCUAUGUCAUCCACCAGGCUGGAGAAGGCAUUUUCAACAGAGCUAAGCUGAUGAACGUCGGCUACAUGGAGGCUCUGAAGGAGUACGACUAUAACUGCUUUGUAUUUUCGGAUGUGGACCUGGUACCGCUCGACGACAGGAACCUCUACAGGUGUUAUGAUGAACCAAGACACCUGGCUGUGGCUAUGGACAAAUUCAACUUCAGGUUGCCCUACAACACUUAUUUCGGAGGGGUGUCUUCAUUGUCCAAAGAGCAAUUCCUGAAGAUUAACGGCUUCUCGAACACCUACUGGGGGUGGGGAGGUGAGGAUGAUGACAUCUAUAAGAGGAUCAUCUUCAAAAAGCUGUCUAUCUCUCGACCCAACAUGAUGAUUGGAAAAUACAAAAUGGUGAGACACAACAGAGAUCCGCACAAUGAAAGCAAUCCGAAGAAUCCUGACAAACUAAGACAGACUCUGUGGACCAUGGACCAGGAUGGGAUCAGUAACCUUGAAUAUUUGGUGAUGAACACAGUCAAAGAACGCCUAUAUACUAUGAUCACUGUGAAUAUUAAAGCACCUACAGGUUGAAUGAAUUCGGUGGAGCGAAUGUAACAGUGAGGUUUAGAAAGGUAACUUGUGUACCAUUUCGGUGGUAUACUACCACCUUCCUUAUGGUCUCUUUUUAUGGUGCAGGCAUCACGGGUCAGGGUACUUUUUUAGUGGACUUUAAUCACGUCUGCGUUUUUAUACCUUAAUAAUGGCAACAUCCCAUCAUUUCUGUGAUAUUUCUGAUGUUACUGAGAAUGACAAUCACCCAGCUUUGACGUGGGGUUUGGCUGUUUUUGCGUUGAGGUUGAAUGGAUGAUGAAAAUGUUUCACCUUUUAAAAGAGUCAAUUGUUUUUGAUACACAUGCUGCCUUUUAGACAAUGGAUUAAACACUGUAUUUAUGCUGGUCACUUGUUUGCUGUCAAACAUUAAUGUCAUUAA